AUGACAACAUUAAGAAAAGACAGUGCGGAGGAAGACGAAGAAAUAUGGACGGAUAGCUGCUUCAGGCGACACAAAUCGUUCACCACGCAUCUUAUGUUUGAGAACAAAAAGAAGUCAUUGGAUGAUAAAUCAGGAUGCCUGAAUCUCGCGGUAUGUCACUUACCGAUCUCGCUCAAUCAUUUCAUGCACAGCAUCAACAUUAGUGGCAACAAUAGACAUGGAUGGACCAUCUUCACAAAAUUCGUCGCUAAGAAAGGUGCAUCCACGCUGGAAUUCGGCAAACCAAUUAUAAAGUCCUAUUGGAUGGUGCUUCAUCCCCAAAAGCCAAAUGAAGAUCAAUGCAUUGUUUCGGAGUUAGACUAUAUUU